AUGGCUGGGCAGGCGACACUGACCCUCCUGCUGCUGCUGGCUGUCACUGUCCUCCCCAGUUGGUCCAUGGUGGUCAACAGCUGCAGCAGUGCAGCCGAGCAGCUCUGUGACUUUGUCUGCAACUGCAGUGACUGCUCUGAUGAGAAUCAAUGUGGGUACCUGCAGGGCUCAGUGGUGCUGGGCACCCCCUUCACCUGUGAUUUCGAGGAAGGCGACUGCGGCUGGCGGGACGUGAGCACCUCGGCCCACAGAUGGGUGCGGGGCCGGGCCAGCCUGGCUGCGUGGGGCGCGGGUCCCCACUCAGACCACACCGUGGGCACAGACCUGGGGUGGUUCAUGGUGACCGUGUCUCCCCCAGCAAAGACCACGGCCACAGCCUGGCUCAGGUCACAAGUGAUGAGGGAAGCAGCUGCCACAUGUGAGAUCAGGGCCUGGUACCACCUCUCAGGAAGCGGGCUGAACCAGAUGGAGCAGCCAGUGCUGCGUCUGGCCAUGGUGCAUAGGGACGAGGUGGUGGAGCUGUGGCAGAGCCCGAGGAACCAAGGCGAAGGCUGGCACCAGCUGGUCACCUACCUGGGCCGGGUCCCAGGGCAGUUCCAGCUCAUCUUCUCCCUGACUCAGCUGCCUGCAUGUGAGGCAGAGGUGGCGCUCGACGACAUCAUCUUCAGGAACUGUGGCUUGCAGGAGCCUGGGCAGCCGCUCUGCAGGGGGGAGCAGAACCACUGCGGGCAGGGCAGCUGCCUGGCCCGUUCCCGCUUCUGCGACGGCACCGAGGACUGUGGGGACGGCUCGGACGAGGAUGCGGCGCGGUGCAAGCCCUUCACCCGCUGCUCCUUUGAGCAAGGUUUCUGCAACUGGGAGACUGAAGUGGGGCAGCCAGCAUGGGAGAGGAACACGAGCCUAAGCCUGGGGACGGGGGGCAGUGUCCCCACCCGGGACCACAGCCACAACAGCAGGGCAGGUUUUUUCCUCCUCGUGGGCAGCACCUCGACCACAGGGACCACCGGCCCUGCCCGGCUCAGCAGUCCCACAUUCCAAGCCACCAACUCGUGCUCUCUCGUGCUGUACUGCCACCUCCACGGCUCAGCCACCAGCAGCCUCAGCAUCUCCUAUGUGACCAGGUCGACCAAGCACCUGAUGAGGGAGAGGACAGGGGACCUGGGCAGCUGCUGGGUCCGGGAGAGGGUGAACUUCAAUGUGACAGAGAGCUUCAAGGUGCUGAUCGAGGGGGUGGCCAGUGGCACAGGCACUGUGGCCAUUGAUGACCUGAUCCUGUCCCCGGGCUGCAUGCAGGAGCAGGAGAAGCCUUCACUCUCGCUGCCGAGCUGGACAGGUGCCGGGCACUGCACGGGCGAGGAGGUGGCGUGUGACAGCGGGGGCUGCAUCAGCACGGAGCUGUCCUGUGACUUCGCGCAGACCUGUGCUGAUGGCUCCGACGAGCAGCGCUGCGGAGCGACCACCUUCGAGGCGGGGGCUGGGGGCUGGCACGAUGUCAGUGUGGGGCGGCUGCGCUGGGGUGUGAAGAGGGACACCGAGCCCACUCAGCCAACUGCCAUGUUCAUCACUGGGGCUUUCCUGGCUCUCCAGGCAGGGGAAGGACAAAUGGUGGCCGCUGCCAAGGCACGUACACCUCUGCUGGGCCCCUCUGGCCCUGCCUGCACCCUGGAAAUGAGCUACCGCAUCCGCCUUGGACCCCAAGGCUUCCUCGCUGUCAGCGUUGCAGAUCAUGCUGCUGGCACCACUGACCUGGCCUGGCACACAUCAGGGCACGGCAGCACAGCUGAGGGACACAUCAGUGUCCCACUGGGAGAGAGGACCCGGCCGUUUCAGGUGCUCCCAGGGAGCGGCACCAGUGCCAUGAGGCAUCCCAGGCUCACAGCUGCUUUGGCACCCCAGGUCGAGCUGCUGGGGCUGAUGGAUCUGCAGGACUCAGUGAGCGCCGCUGCCAUUGACAAUGUGACAUUUGUGCAGUGUCACCCCGAUGUGAUGCCACCGGGGGCCACGGAGCUGUCCUGCAACUUUGAGAGAGGCAUGUGCGGCUGGUACCAGGAUCAGUCCAGUGACUUCAGAUGGGUCCAUGGCACAGAGCAGGGACAGGGCCCUGACCACACCACUGGCUCAGGCUACUUUAUGGCAGUGGACCCUUCUGCACCGUGCAGCCGCAGGCAGCGGGCACAGCUCAUCACCUACAGCCAGGAGCCCACCACUGCCCCACGCUGCCUCUCCUUCUGGUACCGUCUCGCCGGCCCACAGAUCGGCACCCUGAACCUCAAACUGUGGCUGGAAGGAGCAGAGGACACUGUGCUGUGGACCCAGCGGGGGACCCGUGGCAGCCUCUGGCACCGGGGACAGGCCACACUGCCCAGCACGGGCCGGCGGCGGUACCGGGGGAGGGUGGCCUUCGAGGCCCUGCGGGACGGGUUCCAGGGGGACAUGGCACUGGAUGACCUGGCACUGACAGCCGGGCCCUGUGGGGCCGAGCCCUCCUGCUCCUUCGAGGUGGAUGAGUGUGGGCUGGCAGGCAGCGGCUGGCGGCGGCAGAGCAACGGCACCGGCAGCACCGCCGGGCCUCGGGCUGACCACAGCACCGGCACCUCCACAGGUACCAGGGCCAUGCCUGCCUGGGGCUCUGGCCAUUACAUGGUGGUGAGCACGGGCAGGGGGUCCCUGCCUGUGGGGCAAGUGGCUGCCCUCACCUCCCAGCUCUACCAGCCCUCUGCAACCACCCAGUGCUUGGCCUUCUGGUACCAGCUGAGCGCCCAGACCCCAGGUGAGAGUCGUGACCCUUUCCCUGGACCACCCCAUCCAUGGCGGGUGCCCUGGGCAGGCUCCCUUGGCGUCUUUGUUGAGCAGAACAUGGUGCGAAGGAAGGUGAUGAGUGUGAGCACCAUGGAAGGGGAUUCCUGGCACCGUGGCCAUGUCACCGUCCAGCCAGAUGGGGACUGGCAGGUCAUAUUUGAGGCAGUGGGAGCUGGGGUUGACCAUGGGUACAUCGCGCUGGAUGACCUGCACGUGUCAGAGGGAGCCUGCCCUGAGCCAGGGUCCUGUGACUUUGAGAGGGACACGUGCGGCUGGAGCAGCCCCCCAGACCCCCACCUGCAUGGCUUUGCCUGGGGCUGGAAGAGUGGGAUCCCCCUUGCCAAGUACCCCAGCCCUGAGCAGGAUCACACCCUGGGCACAAGGGAUGGUCACUACAUGCACUUUGACACCAGUGUGCUGGGCCCCGGGGGCACGACUGCCCGGCUGGAGAGCCAGCACCUGCCUGCUGCUGCCAACUCCUGCCUGCGGUUCUGGUACCACAUGGACAUCCCGGAGCACCUCUCCUGUGGGGAGCUGCGGGUGCUGGUGCAGGGCCCGGCGGGGCGGCGCACGGUGUGGAGUGUGCCGGGGCACCAGAGCCGGGGCUGGCAGGGAGCUGUGGUGCCCACGCAGAGCCCCAGCGAGUUCCAGCUCAUCUUUGAGAUCAGCACACAGAGGUGGCCGAUGGAGGGGACAGUGGCUCUGGAUGACAUUGUGUACAGCACUGGGAGGGGCUGCCAUUCCAUCCCAGAGGCAUCAGUGGAAGAGAAAUCCUCCAGCAGCUUCACGGUGGAGGUGGUGCUCAGUGUUCUCCUGGCCACCACUGUCCUGGUGCUGGUGGCUGCUGGUGGCUGGUACUGGCUGGGGGGGCGAGGGCUGGCCAGUGGGUCACCGGCAGAGAGCAAUGUUCCCCAAGGCUUCGACAACAUCACUUUCCGAGAUGACAAGGUCACUAUCUCAUCAGUGCCAAAAGAAGGGGAUGAGGCCUGA